AUGUCAGAUCCCGAAAAAUGCGACAACUUUUGUGGGUUUAGUUUCUCUCUCUUUCUGUUGGCCCCUCUCUCUCAUGUGCGCUGCUUUCUCUUCAUCUCUCUAACUCUCUCUCUCACCGACCAAACUCUCUCUCUCUCUCUCUCUCUCUCUCUCUCUCUCUCUCUCUCUCUCUCUCUCUCUCUCUCUCUCUCUCUCUCUCUCUCUCUCUCUCUCUCUCUCUCUCUCUCUCUCUCUCUUCGAGAGGAUUGCAUGCAUGCAAUGGCGGACAAGGGCGCGGGCAAAGGCCACCAGACUCAGGAUUUUUUUUUCUCGUUCUUGCUCACUCAUCACAACGAGCACAGUGCCUGUGCGGCUUCAUUCGUCUACAUCGCCACCACUCCCACUGAGGAAGCUCUGUCAGGCCUGCUCAAUUUCCAUCAAGGCCGGCUCGCCAGCGUCUUUCGCUUCGUAGACAGUAGCGCUCAAGCGGCCAUUUUGGUUAGCAUGGGCACCUAUUUCAACGCUUCGGUCAAGCCCGUGGUAGAGGCCAUUGCCCAAUAUCUUCCCACCUCCCCAACUGCCGGCCAUGGGACCCUAUUGGGUUUUCGGGAUGCCUAUCACCCAAAUGAGCUGGACACCACGCUCUUGAUAGCCCAUCGCCUGUCUAGCCUGCGCUGCUUAUUGGCUAUGCAACGAAAUACACAAACAGCCAUGCAAGCCUCCUUGGCUGCGAGCAAUAUCCAAGAUCUCAGCAGCCUCUUUGUUCAACUACCCACAGAGUCCUGCACACUCCUCUCGCUACCUCAAGCUCUGUUUGACCGCCGCUCGGGCGAGAGUCCAUUUCCAUCAAAGGCCACGACAGUAGUUCAUACCCUCCUGGCUGCCCAUGCCCAUGCCAACACGCAACAUCAACUGACUCCCCUCCGCCCAGAGCGACAUGCAAGUCUGCUCAGUGCCUGGGAGGUGCCCUCAACCCUGCACAGGCCAAUCAGCAAUCUACCCUGCACCGGCAAGCUGCAACUCGUGGAAGAUCCUCAAGUAGCUGCUGAUAACGCAAACAAUUGCCUUCCGCACGGUGUUUUGGCCGGUUUCGCCAAAUGCGCCACAAGUACCCUUCAUUCUUGGCUUCUUCGCCAUCCAGAAAUUGUGGUCCCAGCCAUCAAAGAGCCGAACUAUGACUUUAAUGCCACGGACCCCAAGGUAUUGGCAAAGUACAAGCACAUCAUUGGCCACAAUCACGGCUCUGAGGUAGAGGAUGUGCGGCCCUGGUUCACGCUCGAUGGCAGCACCCAUAUCGCCUGGCAGCCCAACCCUGGGUGCAUGACGGAGUAUGUAAACUCCCUCUCUCUCUCUCUCUCUCUUUCUCUGUUUCUCUCUUUCUCUCUCUCUCUCUCUCUCGCGCGCGCGCUUGCUCUGUUUUUCUUUCUCUCACUCCGAUUGGAGGACGUAGGCGAAGAAUUAGUGUCCACUCUAUCACUGGAUGGAGAUGAUACCCAAGGCGUAUGGCAGUUGGUGAACGAAGGCCUCUAUGCCGUAGCCAUUCACCAAAUCCUACGCGUCUUUCCUGCUGAGCAACUUCUAGUCUUGACGAAAGAUGAGAUGAUUGCCCAGCCUUUGCAGACACUUCGCAAGCUAGAGAAGCAUUAUGGCCUGCAGCAAUGCAACUACCCUGCUGACAUGUUCACACAGAAGCGGAAUGUGAAUACACAAAAGCCAGAGGACUUACGAGCUGAUCUUAAAAAGCGCCUUCUGCAGCUCUAUCAACCGUACAAUAUGCGCCUUGCCCAGGACUAUGGCCUCAUCAACGUGAGCUGGAUUCAAGAUGCAGUCAACUAA